CCCCCGUGCGGGUGCGUGAGUUUAACUUUACUCUGACAUGGGCAAAGCACGCUCCAGAUGGCUUCUCACGGCAGAUGUUCUUGAUCAAUGGUCAAUCGCCGGGCCCUACCAUCGAGGUUGAUCAGGAUGACUGGGUCGUUGUGCGUGUCAAGAACCACUCACCUCAGAACACUACCAUUCACUUUCAUGGCAUUGAGAUGUUUGGCACGCCGUGGGCCGAUGGUGUCCCUGGACUCUCUCAGCUGUCCAUUCCCCCUGGUGGUCACUUUGUCCACGAAUUCGCAGCAACCCAGUAUGGCAGCUUCUGGUACCACUCGCAUUUCCACGGGCAGAUUGAAGAUGGUCUCUAUGGCCCCAUCAUCAUUCACCCUCGCUCACAAGACCCAAAGCCUUUCCAUCUGAUAUCUUCUGAUCCCGAUGCUAUCGCGGCUAUGAUUGACGCUGAACGUAACGUCAAGCCUCUUGCCAUUGCAGACUUUAACCACUUCACAUCUCAAGAGAAGUGGAACAUUGCGCUGGCCAGUGGUGUUGAGGACUCAUGCUAUGAUUCCAUUUUGUUCAAUGGCAAGGGACAUGUGCAGUGUCUUCCCAGUGCCGAAGUCUCGGCCAACCUAAGCGAUGAUCAAAAGGCCUUUUUAAAGAUGGGCAAUGUAACUGCCAUGACUGACAAAUCAUGCCUGCCUCCUGCGGCGCUCGCUGCAUUGGGUAACCCGGCCCAAGCUAAUCUCACUGCCAUUCCGGCUGGAGCCUUUUCCGGCUGCAAGGAAACCAAAGGUGCAACUGAAGUCAUCCAGGCACAACUCUCGUCGCUUCCCACUCAUCAGUGGCUUGCAAUAAACAUCAUCGGCUCUAUCAACUUCAUCACAUCGAUGGUGUCUAUUGAUGAGCAUGACAUGUGGGUGUAUGCCAUGGACGGAUCAUACAUCCAUCCCCAGAAGGUGCAGGCCCUUGUUCUCACCAAUGGCGAUCGAUACAGUAUCAUGGUGAAGAUCACCAAGGCUGGAAAGUUCAACAUUCGCUGCAAUGCCAUCAGUAUUCCACAGGUGCUUGUUGGAAGUGCCGUCUUGGAAGUACAAAGCAACUGCGGCAAGACUUAUGGAAGCGAGUCGAAGCCGUUCAUCAGCAUUACAGGAGUGCCGUUGUCAAAGAACGUAACGUUAUUCAACCAAGCCACAGCGGCGCCGUUCCCACCAGAGCCAAUUGCACAGAAGGCCGACGUGACGUAUAAACUCAACAUGAAGCUUGACGGUGCUUCAUACCUUUGGGCCUUGAACUCAUCUCGUCUCAUGCCCAGCACCCUCGACAGCUCUAGCGAACCACCCAUCCUAUUUCGGCACCCGGAACCUGUGCAGAACAAUGUGACCAUCUCAACCUUUAAUGGUACAUGGGUUGACCUUGUCCUGUUCGCAAGCACAGUACCAAUGCCGCCUCACCCAAUUCACAAGCACAGUAACAAAAUGUUCCAGAUUGGCGCCGGCGAGGGCGAAUUUACUUGGGAUUCUGUCGAAGAAGCAAUCAAGGAGAAGCCAGAGCUUUUUAAUCUCGUGAACCCACCCCGGAGAGACAGCAUCGCAUCGCUGCCCGCCAUCACCUCCAAGACGUGGACUGUGGUGCGAUACCAAGUUGUAAAUCCAGGUGCGUUGCUGUUGCAUUGCCACAUUAGCAACCAUCUUUUAGGAGGCAUGUCUAUUGUUAUUCGAGAUGGUAUCGACAAAUGGCCGACAGUUCCUGACAAAUAUUUGGAUUGGAAAUUUUGA